GCCCCGCACGAGAGCCUGGGCAAGAACCUGGUGCUGGCGGCCCUGGCCCUCACCUUCGGGGUGGAGGUGGGCUUCAAGUUCGCCACCAGGACCGUCAUCUACCUGCUCAACCCCUGCCACGUGGUGACCAUGAUGCAGCAUGUAUACCUCCCUCCGUUCUGAGAGCAGACCUCACUGGGUGCCUUGGUCUUCUGCAAGCAGCUAGUCUAAUCCCUGGCAGAUGACAGGUUGUGACAGACCAAUCCAGGUUGUGACAGACCAGUUGUUUCGCAAAGUUUCAGACCUUUUCAUCUUGCAACCUGAAAGGAUUCAAACACCUGUACUUCUAAAUACUACAGGAGUCUUCCAAAGGGCAGGACCAGGCUCCUUACAGCACUAGCUUUCAGGAUUCCCAUAGUGAUACACCUGAUAUCUUCUUCACCCGUGGAUUGUUAGUGUAACUGCAGUUGUGGUUUUCCAGCUGUGGUCCAAACGGAGGAUGCAGAUUGCAUUGCUGUCUCCUUCAAUUCCACCACCCUCCCCUUCUGAGAAGUGUUUUUUGUGGACACUGAGAAAUUUGGAGGAAUAAUAGUGUUCCAGUGGUCCAGAAAGCUUGAGACCCACUGACCUGGUGCAUGAAUCACUUUACAAAACAUAAUUCCUGCUUCUUCACAUUGAACAAGUGGAUCCUCUCCUACUUGUUGCUUAUUUUGGGCUUAGUCCUACUUCCACUGAAGUUAGGGAAAAAUAUGAUCAUUUCUCCAACUGAUGUUCAAUUUUUCUCCUUGCCUGUCCUCCUUGUCGGCUUGCAAUGGUUCUCUUCAGGCUGCAGAUGCAUAUGUUAAAUGGCGCUCUCUUGGCACUGCUGUUCCCUGUGGUCAAUACACGUCUGCUUCCAUUUGAGAUGGAGAUUUAUUACAUCCAGCACGUGAUGCUUUAUGUUGUGCCCAUCUAUCUUCUGCGGAAAGGAGGUAUAUACACUCCAGAGCCACUUUCCAAUUUCUGGUGGGCUCUCUUGUCUACUGGGCUUAUGUUUGUGUAUCAUUUUAGCAUUUUACAGAUCCUGGGACUGGUCACAGAAGUGAACUUGAACAACAUGCUAUGUCCAGCCAUCUCCGAUCCUUUCUACGGGCCGUGGUAUCGAAUCUGGGCAUCUGGACACCAGACUAUCAUGACUAUGGUUCAUGGGAAGCUUGUAAUCUUGUUGUUCCACAGUGCUGUCCCCAUCUUUAAAUAUAGUGUGGAUUUGCUUAGACUCCCAGCUAAGAAAAUAGACUGACAUUUCUCUCUGGAGAGUAGCACAUACAGGAAGGCGAGACCUGCAUUCAUACUGGAAAAGAAAGAGGAAAAUGAAAGGACAGUGUGUUUAAUAUCCCUUUGUCCCCAUACAGUUUUUUUUCCUUGUAGAGAUCUCUGUAAUAGUGUGAAGGUUUUCUUGCAGCAGCUCUGUUUCACUGCCUGUAGCCAAUGGCAAAAUUAGUGGCCUUAUUCUGGAAGAGGUCAGUAUUUUUCUUAUACACUUUUUUGCAGGUGACAAUGGAACCUCACUAUUCCCUGCUUCACAGUGCCCCAAAUGGGCAAAUCUGUCCAUCUUCCAAUACAGAGAGUGGUACUGCUACCUCGUUAAAGAUGUUGCCAUUUUUACUAAACAUCCUUCAGCACUUGUAUUGAUCACCUGAAGAAACAAAGCUAAAUUACAGUUGAACUGAAAUGAACAUGGAAUGUUUCAAACUCAUCACCCUGGCUUACAUUGUGUUUGAAUUUUGUAAGUUGGCUCUUUAUUGAAGCAAUGUAUUGAAGCCUGUUCAAAAGGGUGAAUUAGUGAGGUUCUAUUGUGUUUGUUUAGGCUGGUUGAAGAAUGGGGAACAAUAACUGGUUCCUUUUUUUUUUUUUUUUUUUUAAUUGGACUACUUGAUUCUCAGCUACCCUGGGGUGGUGUUUGGCUGUUCAUCACAUCUAACAGCUAUGGUAAUGCUUUGAUUUGUAUGAAUGAAAAAGCUGAAGAGGAAAUUAUUAAAAAAAAAAAAAAAAAAAAAAAAGGUGUAAGCUAUUGGGGGACCCAGUAUUCUCAGCUGCCUGUGAACAGAUUGCAGUAGGUGUUCAAGAGAGACUGUCAGCUGAAACGGCUUGGAUGGAGAGAGAAAUUACAAAACUUCACUUAGAGAAUCUGAAAUUUUACUUUAGAUUUUUAGUUUUGAAUGUUUCCUUCCCUGUGCCUGUAUUAAGCAGCAUUGUACUAGGCUGUGAGGAACAAUGUAAAACUGUUCUGGACUUGCUAAUAGCCUACAUACUUCUUAUGUAAAGAUGCAAGCUAAAUUGGUAUACAGGGUUUGACCAAAUCACUCCAGCUCCCUAGUGUAGAUAGUUUUACCUGUAUGAAGGUGUUUAUACCAGUCUUUUUCAGUUAUAGUAACUGUGCUAACAUGUUGCAUUGAUUUUUUUUUUUUUUUAAACUAAAUGUACUUGUUUGCUUGCACAGUUCUAAACUAGAGAGGCUACAACCAGGAACAGUAUAACCAGUGUAAGAAGUAAAAUGUGUGUCUCACUUUUCUAAAAGUGCAGCAAUAAGAAGCUGCACAGAUGAGUCGGCAAGUGGUAAAUCUUGACAAGGGUUUCCUUAAUUUUUGAAGUCUCAGGUUGUCCCUGCAGGCUGUUUUCUCAGUGUUGUCACAGACUAUAGCAGAAAGCUAUCUUUUUUUUUUUUAGAUUCUUUGCGUUGCAUUGCCAUAGCUGUGACUGUGCAAGAUGCCACCAACUCUUCCUUCAACUGAGUUGCUCUGCAGGCAUGUUCAGAAGUUAAGGUACAGCCAUGUUAUACCUCAAGAAGUAAGAGUUACAAACUUACUCUGAUUUUUACAAGGGCAGGUAGAGGAAAGGGUGGACAGUGGACUUCAAAUAUUUUUACUCCACUUGAUUAAAAAGUGAAUGUUUUGCAGCUGAUUUUAGCAGUGUCCUGCCCACCUGUAUUGUGAUCUCCAAGCCCCUUUCUGGAUUCCCUCUGUGCCUGGCUUUGUGUGCAUUAUAUACAUGGUAAAGACCCUCUACUACCACAACUCAAUAAAAGGAGAUUUAUGUAGGCUGUCCAACCACAAUUGUGCAGCUAAGUUUCUAUUACCGUGACCUGCAAAAUGCACAUUCCAACUCCCUCUAGGGAAAGCUGAGCCCUGGAUAGUGGCAAGAGGGUCCUGCUUCAGUGUGCCUGGCACUGUGGACACUUAAGUCGAUGCUUAAUUUGACUCUGAGUAGUCUUACUGUUAGUCGUACAAAGAUAGGCAUGUGCUGUUUGUUUGCAGCAAUAGGUUCUUCAGAGAGAUGGGACAGCAGCAGUAUUUCAAAGCCUAAAUCCUUCAGCUGAAGAGCACUUAACUCCCACUGAAGGUUUGCCAUUUCCUUGAGCAGGAGGGCAAGUUCCAUGCAGGCUGCCCUCAGGUUGCAGGCUCCUACAAUAGUGUUGGCGGCUCAAUAGUGCCCCUUACUUGAAUAAGCUUGAUCUCCUAGGAUCCUCUGGGUGAAAGCAUACAAAACUGCCUCCCAUCCCUCAGCUAUUAAGGUUAUCUUGGCUUAUUUAUCUACCUAGCAGUCCAUUGAGAGAGACCUUGGGCCAGAAUCAACCUGUUAUAACUACAGUGAAGUGUGUUUAGAGCCUCACAAGGGAUGCUUUGACCUGUCUCUUGAAAUCAUUUGUUUUUUGAUCAUCUUACCUUGCACCUUCCUAACCCAUUUUUACCAAAAAAUAUAUAUAUUGCAGCUGCUUUUGACAGGCAAACUCAGACCAGCAGUCUCUCAUUUUUUACUACAGCAUUGUCUACCUGCCAACAUGAGCCUCAGGGUGUGCUAGAUAAGCACAGCAACAGAUGCCCGAUGCUGACGCCUAUGGUCAAAUAAUGCGACUGCUAGAAGUUUUCAGCUGCACAGCUCAGGAAGCCCAACCACAAGACAGAAACAGCUAUUUGCAACUGUUGAAGUACUUGAUUUUUAUGUCCCAUGUUGUGUCUGAAACCACAGGCAUUAGUUUCCUGUACAUUUGUAGCUACAUAGAAGUCAGAUGUGCAGUUUUUUGCUGUUGCAGUUGUUUCCAGUUGCAUUUGUUGUGUUAUUAGAGGUGAGCUUUUCAGAAAUAGUGGGGUUUUGGUUUGUUGUUGAUUUUUUAGGUGGGUGACAAAAGAAUUGUAUAAAAAGUAAAGAAGUGACCUUUGGAAAGUGUCAUUUUAGUAGUGCAUAACAAAGCUCUGAGAUCAGUAAGGCCAAAAAUUGGAAGGAGGUGUCUGAUAUUAGCCCCUAUGUGGAAGGUAGGUUCAUUAAGGCAGAGAAGACUACUUCAUUUUGUGUUUUUGCUCUCAUUACAGUGACAAGAUGCAUAAUAAAUAUCAGUUCUUUUGUGAGCUUGUACUCAAGGUGAUAUUGCUGUACAUCUGUUUUGUUGCUUCGAGUGUCAUUUAGUUAAAGCCAAGCUGUUUAUAAAAUGGUUUUUAUUUUUCUUCAGGGUCAAUUUUGUACUUUUUUUUUAUUUCUGCAUUUACUGAGUCAUUAUCUCAAUGCUGCAGAGAACACAGCAGGCAGAGCAGUGAGCACACCCACAGUGUUAUCAACAGCCACGCUGUGCCAGGGAGCUGGAAUCGCUGCAUGCACUGAGCUGAGGCACACAGCUGUCUUUGGAAAUCGGUGGUUCCAGUUGCCCAGCCCUCUGUCCAAGCACCGCGUUAUCUGGGUGCAGAGGGGAGUGGUGGCGGCAGGAAUUGAUGUGGGGGGUUUGCUGCCAUAUCUGCUGCUAGUUCUGAGUAAUUUGUAAGUGUGAUCUAAAUUUUGUAAACUUUUUAAUGUGCUAAAAACUUGGUGAUAAUUGCUAAGAAGGGGUAAUUUGUGUACCUGUACUCCUUGUUGGUCUCUACAUGAGGUCCAAUUCACUGGUCUAAUAGUUGUUAAAUCUUUAAUGAAAAGAAUAAAUACAUUCU